AUGGAGAAGAGUGCACGGAGGCGAUUGGAUUGUAUUUCUCGUCACCUUGUAUUACCACCUCAAGCUAAUCAUGGUCUGCAGCAGGUGCUGUUAUUAAGUAAUGGGCAAGUGAAGAGUGAGGAGGCAGAGCCUGUGGUGCUGUUAUUACUGCUUUCCAACCUCCACAACCACAAGUGCCAUGCUUGA